CGCGCCAGAGAGAGAGAGAGAAUAAUUGAGAAAGAGCGAUUUCACCAAUCGCCUUACAACACCUCCGCCUCUUUCUGACCAUUUUCUUCUCAAUCAUCUCGUUGCAAGUGACAGAGCUAGAGGAAGCGCAACAAAAUAGAUUGGCGACAAUGUAUACAACAUAACCUGUGCGGACACCAUCGAUCAAUCCAUCGCUCCAAGCUACGGAUAAAGUCUGAUGCAGCACCAUAGAGAAAUAGAUUUGACGGUAGAACGGAGGGAGCAUCGAAGCUGCAACUCCUUAGAAUUAACCAGUUACUUUGGAAUGUGAUGCAUUUACAUUUCGGUUUAUUUGACUUCAAUGAGGUGAUGACAGACUACGACGUGUCCUCAGAUCUUCCCCGCUGCUAUCAGCAAACAGAGUGUAGCCUACGAAUUGGAAAAUAUUACAUGUUUAACGCAUCUUCUGGAUUUUGGGCAUAUGCGCGAAUUGGAAAGGUAUAAUAAGUCUAUUGGCUAUCUUUUCUUUAUUGCUGGACAGACGUGGUGUGUAAACGCGCAUAGCCUGAGCAUGAGGAUGCAUUCGUAGCCUAGUUGUUGGCAUACACCCUAAAGCUCUACACACGUUUGUGCAUGUAUGAUAACUCCGGCCUUGUCAUAUCGAUUAAAGUAGGGGGGAUUUAUGAUACGCAUUUAACCUAAAAAUGAAGGCUAUUUCAAUAUUGACACAUCGUUCUGGGAAUUGCAAUCACAUUUCUGAUGGCAUGCAAUAAUAAGCUGUUUCUUUCACAGAAAUACUGAAUGCAUUUGACAAACAAUUGACAGAUUAACCUACCUGAUCAUUUAAUCAUUGGAUUGAUCAUUAGGCUAUCAGAGAGUACAACUAGGCCAAUUUUUUUAUAAUAUAAUGCUAGUUAUGGUAUUGAAAGAGUAAUAGGCUGCAAAAAUAAUCACAACAAAAAGAUGAAAAAAAUCAGCCUCAGAAGAGAUUCUGUAGGUUACCGAGGAAACGGCAAAGGAAUCGCAUUUCAGCUUUGGGGUUGUAAAACAGUCGGAAGAGAAGGAGCCGGGGGAAAAGACCAAGGAGAGGCCGCGGCCAAGGAGCAUUCUGUGGGACUGCACGACAAGGAGCUACUGCUGCCAGCACUGGAAAGCGUGGCUUGGGGUUGGUGGAAGAAAGAAUCAAAUAAUCAGAUUGCUGUUAAGCACAAGCUAACUUAAAAAGGAGGGUACCCUAUAUCCUAUUACUGGACACAUCUCAGCCCACACCCUCAACCUGGGUUGUGGACCAACAAAACCUGGAACCUCUUUAAAAUAGUCAACCAUAGGCGGAAGCAACCUGGAAAACUAACUCCCCUGCCUAAACAACUUGGAAACCAACCUUGACUCUUCCUACUCCAACUCACCCAGUUAUCGAGCUGCAGUACUUGGAAAUCAACGACUCGCAACCUGACGUUUGGAGCACACUCGCGCUCGCAGGAAGAGCAUUGCCACUGCGAGACAGCCAAGCAUGGAAACCCCUCCCACUGCCCCCCCACAACCCUUCAGACAACAAAGCUUCCUCAGUCGAAAGUUGAAGGGCUCCAUCAAGAGGACAAAGAGCCAGCCCAAACUGGAUCGAACCAGCAGCUUCCGCCACAUGAUUCUACCCCGUUUCCGUAGUGCUGAUCAGGAGAGGACCCGUCUAAUGCAGAGCUUCAAGGAGUCCCACUCUCAUGAGUCCCUGCUCUCCCCUAGCAGUGCAGCAGAGGCUCUGGACCUCACGCUGGAUGAAGAUGCUGUCAUCAAACCUGUCCACUCCAGCAUAUUGGGCCAGGAGUACUGCUUUGAGGUGACCACCAUUUCAGGGACAAAAUGCUUUGCCUGCCGCUCGGCCGCUGAGAGAGACAAAUGGAUUGAGAAUCUACAGAGAGCUGUCAAGCCCAACAAGGACAACAGUCGAAGGGUGGACAAUGUGCUUAAGCUGUGGAUCAUUGAGGCCAGGGACCUUCCGCCUAAGAAGCGGUACUAUUGCGAGCUGUGUCUGGAUGACAUGCUGUAUGCGCGCACCACCAGCAAGCCGCGCACGGACACCGUCUUCUGGGGCGAGCACUUUGAGUUCAACAACUUGCCUGCCAUUCGUAGCCUACGCCUGCACCUUUACAAGGAGACAGACAAAAAGAGACGCAAAGAGAAGAGCACGUACCUCGGCCUAGUCACUAUCCCCAUAUCGAGCAUCACAGGCAGGCAGUUUGUGGAGCAGUGGUACCCGGUGAUCCAGCCCAGUGCUUUGGCUAAGGGUGGCGGUGUAGGCGGUGGCAAGGUCAUCAAUGCCUCAAUCCGUCUCAAGUCCCGCUACCAGACCAUGAGUAUCCUGCCCAUGGAGCUGUACAAGGAGUUUGCCGAGUACAUCACCAAUAACUACCGUACGCUGUGUGCCGUGCUGGAGCCUCUGCUCAGUGUCAAAAGCAAAGAGGAGGUGGCGUUCGCGCUGGUGCACAUUCUCCAGAGCACAGGCAAGGCCAAGGACUUCCUUUCAGACAUGGCGAUGUGCGAGGUGGAUAGAUUCAUGGACAGACAGCAUCUGAUCUUUCGAGAGAACACCCUUGCUACUAAAGCCAUAGAGGAGUACCUCAAAUUGAUAGGGCACCGGUACCUCAAGGAUGCCAUAGGGGAGUUCAUUCGAGCAUUAUACGAGUCAGAGGAGAAUUGUGAAGUGGAUCCCAUGCGCACUCCACCGUCUGUCCUCGCCGACCACCAAGCCAAUCUUCGCAUGUGCUGUGAGCUGGCACUCUGCAAGAUUGUCAACUCUCAUUGUGUGUUUCCGCGGGAGCUGAAGGAUGUCUUUGCCUCAUGGAGGGUCAGAUGUGCCGAGCGGGGAAGGGAGGACAUCGCAGACCGCCUCAUCAGCUCCUCCCUCUUUCUACGCUUCCUGUGUCCCGCCAUCAUGUCGCCCUCUCUCUUCAACCUCACCCAGGAGUACCCCGGAGAGCGGACAUCCCGCACUCUUACCCUCAUCGCCAAGGUGGUGCAGAACCUGGCCAGCUUCUCCAAGUUUAGUGGCAAAGAGGACCACAUGUGUUUCAUGAAUGAGUUUUUGGAGAUGGAGUGGGGCUCCAUGCAGCAGUUCCUGUACGAGAUCUCCAACAUGGACACGGGGAGCAACGCCGGGGGCUUCGAGGGCUACAUCGACCUGGGCAAGGAGCUGUCGGUGCUCCACAGCCUGCUGUGGGAAGUCAUGGCCCAACUGAGCAAGGACGCUAUUCUGAAGCUUGGCCCCUUGCCACGUCUGCUGAAUGACAUCAGUGUAGCCUUGAGGAACCCCCAGCUCCACCGGCAGGCCAGCCACCAGACAGACAGACAGCAGGACAGGCUCAUCACACGGCCUUCCUCCAAUCGCCUGGUAUCAUCUGAUUUCCAGAGCCUCAUGAUGCGGGAUCUCAACAGCUCAAUAGACAUCUCCCGUCUCCCCUCCCCAACCUCGGCAUUAUCUGGGGGUGGGGUCCUCUCGUCUCACGUCAGCAUGGGAAGCUUUGUGGAACGAGACCCCCGCGGUUCAAAGGACGUUUUCUACGUGACCCGUCCCCCCUUGGCUCGGUCCAGCCCUGCGUACUGCACCAGCAGUUCUGACAUCACUGAGCCAGACCCAAAGGUCCUCAGUGUGAACAAAAGUGUGUCCAUGAUGGACCUGCAGGACUCACGGAUGAACAGCAUUUCCAACCUCCAUUCGGUGGGCGAUAUGCUCAACUCCUCCCAGGCCUCCAUAGCAGGCCUGGGCCACAGUUUCGGGAACCUGGGUGGCCCGCUUCGCAUGGGAGGCCACAUGUCCGCUGGCGGCUCGGGGGGCUCUGGCUUGAGGCUGAGCCAGAUGGGGGGACCCCUCCACCACAUGGGGGGUCCCACCGACUCUCUCUCCCAGCAGCAGCAGCAUGCGGCAGCCGCCAUGCACUUCCCCCUCUCCUUCCAGAACCCCCUCUUCCAUCUGGCUGCCGACGGCCCUCGGGGUCAGCCCCACAGUCGUCCUCAGGCCCAGCCACCUCCCCCUCCGCUCCUGCUGGCCCCGGAGCUUGACAAUGCCCACCACCAACAGGGCUACAUGAGGGCAUUCGGCCACGGUGGCUUCUCGCGCAGCGAGGACCUGUCGGCCCUGCGGCCACAGAGCAGUCUGGUGCAGCCCAGUAUUGUCCAUUCUCACAGCUACAGUGACGACUACACGCGGCAGAACCAGAACGCUGAAUACGCCCAGCGCCAGCUUUCGCUGCAAGUGCAGGAGAAUCUCCAGCAGCAGAUUCUUAUGGGCAUGACCCCUCAGACGGCAACAGGCACAGGCACUCCCACCUCCUUGGCCACUCCCCCUUCCACCGUGCACCCUGUCCGUCAUGGCUCCGUAGCACCGCCUCCCCCGCAGCGCCUCAAAUCCCAGCUGUCCAUCAGCCCCGGGGCCACCUCCACCCCUCCCAAGGCCCGCCCCCAGAGCAGGAACCUCCUUCUCCAGUCGCCCGAGUCCAGCUUUGGCGGCAGGCAGCCCUCUCCGCAGCAACAACAGCAGCAGCAGCUGUCUGUCAAACCGUCUGACUGCCCAGCCCCUGGGCUCCCGCACCAGUCGAGCUCUGCCAGGGACGGCCAGGGGGCACCACAAGGGGGCAACGGAGAGACCACAGACACCCCAACUAAGAGCACCAAGCAGCCUCAGACCACAGACACCCCGACUAAGAGCACCAAGCAGCCUCAGCAGCAGUCCCAGCAGCAGCCUCCACAGCAGCAUCUGCUCAAGCCCACAGUCAAUAAACAGGGUUCUCAGUCCCCCUCCACCCUGACCCCCAACGAGCGCACUGUGGCCUGGGUGUCCAACAUGCCACACCUCUCUGCCGACAUUGAAAUAUUGCGUAGCUCAUCUAACCUUGAGGACCUCAAGAUGAAGGAGUACUCCAAGAGCAUGGACGAGUCACGCAUGGAUAGGGUAAAGGAAUACGAGGAGGAGAUCCAUUCUCUGAAGGAGCGCCUGAUAAUGUCCCAUCGGAAGCUGGAGGAGUAUGAGCGCAGGAUGCUUUCACAGGAGCAGCAGACCAGCAAGAUCCUAUCGCAGUACCAGAACCGGCUGGACGACAGCGAGCGCAUGCUGAGGCAGCAGCAGCUGGAGAAGGACAGCCAAAUCAAAGGCAUCAUCAACAGGCUGAUGGCUGUGGAGGAUGAGUUGAGAGUGAGUGCCAUUCCUGAAAUCAAGCCCAGAAUGUUCAGAGAGCAGAUCUGUCAGCCAAUCCAACCGUUUUACGGAGGACACCCUGGAACCUGACUGGCACAUCAAAUACGGGCGGAGCUGAUAUGGGUCCAGACUUAAUCCUAUUGGCUGUCUAAGGCGAAACAUAGAAGAAGUCUGCAGGACACGGCUACUCUAGAUCUUGAUUCCCCCACAACAAGCUGAGCUUUUGGAAAAUUCAAAGGGGGGAGGGUUCUUUACAUGCUAACACACACACACACACACACUCUCCCUCAUGCAUUUGCUCUUUCUCUUUCUCUCUGCAAUACCACUCUAAGUCUUGACCCUGGUGACAAUCAGCUCAAUAUGAGAGGUGCGGUUUACAUUGUCUGCGUGUUGCAGUGACCCAUUCAGGAGUGAUGAAACAUUGCAAUAUUGAACCUGUUGUUUCAGUUUUAAUAGGUAUGACAAAGCACAAUACUGAGAAAGAGAAAGAAAGAGACUUUGGGGGAUCCCAAGUCGCCCCCCAUCUCAAACAUUCACUUCACUUAAUGAAUUCCCCUGUGACACACCUGGUACACUGGGGCUUCGCGAAAGCAGUAGGUUUUUUAGCUGCUACACUGAACGCGAAACUCAGCGGGUAGGAUUUUUGACAACAGAACCAGCGCCUGCAUGCCUGUCGUGGAAACACGCUGCUUAUGCCCAGGUUUUAUUGAAGACAAUCGGAGCAUCUCAUAACUGGUAAAAGUAACGCACGCGUCCAGUGUAGCAGGCCUGUUAUCCUGUCAACCACCAUUACAUUUACAUUUGAGAUUUUAGUCAUUUAGCAGACGCUCUUAUCCAGAGCGACUUACAGUUAGUGAGU